AUGAAGAAGAUAUUACCAUCAUCAUUAUCUUCACACUUGUAUAUAUAUUAUUUAACCUUUAUUAUAGUCAUUAUAACAAUAGCAAGUCAACAUGUAUUAGUAGUAAACGGAGACUUUUCAACAGACUUUUUUAAACCAGUCUUUACAAAUGCACCAAAGUUCUCAUCCUCUCAACUAUACUCUCUCAAUGAUAUAGGAUUUAAUAACUAUAAUGGUACCAUUGUAGCUUUUGGUGAUUUUAAUGCUGACAAGUAUUUAGAUAUAUUUUUCUUGUAUGAAAAUCAAACAACAUUACAAAUCUUUUUAUGGAAUAUAGAAGGAUGGAGAUAUGAUGCAUCAGAUGAUUUGGUAAUAUCUCUAACAGAAAAUGAAACCAUAACGAAUGUAAUUGCUAGUGAUUUUAGUUAUGAAGGUACUUUAGAUAUUAUCAUUCAAGGACAAUCAAACUCUGUCGACAUUGGCACACCAUUCCUAUCUCUAUAUAUUGGUCAUUACGAUUCGAUCGACCCCGAUCCCACCGUUCUACCACCUUCACUUACACAAGUACUUGCUUUGGACUUUAACAAUGAUCUUCAUGUCGAUCUAUUUGGUGCCUCUGAGGGGUUUGACAGAACACUAUGGCUCAACAUAGACGACGCACUCACUCCUCGUGCAAUGCCAGUCAACUCUACCAUUGCACCUUCACUUUUACCACUUUCACUCUACCAUUCUCACAGUUUUGCCGAUAUCAACGGUGAUUGUUUGGCCGAUCUUUUUGUUGUCACUGGAUCAUCGGAAGAUGACAAUCUUCAAGGUGAAAUUUGGAUCAAUGAAAAAGAAAAUGGUUUCACCUUGUUUCAAAUUUUACCUUUACCUCAAGGUGCAGGUCAAGUUACUUUUACUGAUUUUGAUGGAGAUGGAGAUUUAGAUAUAUUAUUCCCAGUUUGUUGGCCAAUGGAAAAUUGUACUAUAGUCAAUACAAUUUAUUUAGUUUAUAAUUAUCAAAAAACAGUUUGUCCUAGUUCAUUAUUUUCAAAUUCAAAUUGUCGUCCACAAAAUCAACUAUGUCAAGCUGAUAAUUCAUUUUAUUUUUCAAAUUCUAAAAUUCCUGAUGGUAAAACAUUAAUAAUACCAAAUGAAUUAUUUAAUGGAAAUAUAUUAUAUUCAAAUAUUGAACAAAGUAUACCAUUGAUUAUACAUGUUGGAGAUUAUAAUAUUGAUGGAUACCCAGAUAUAUUGAUAGCAUUUACCAAUAGCAGUGGAACAUCACAUUUGGAGUUGUGGGAGAAUGUAGGAUGUACCGACCAAAUUUGUGGUACUGGAGUGGGAGGUCGUGGAUUUUCGGCCGUCAACGACGGCACUGAUGCAUUGGUACAAAUCAAUAACGCCGUCAUGGGAGUGUUUGUCGAUUUGGGAGAGGAUGGAAUUGCCGAUUUCUUGGUCAUGACCUUUGACCCUGUGACACGAGUCAAGGGCAUUAGAGCAGUGUUUAACAAUUUCUACAACGACGCCUUCUUUUUCAAGACAUUGGGAUUGAACGGCGUGUGCACAACCAUGUGUCCAACGGGAGACAAGUUCCCAUCGCCCAAGCCCUAUGGCGUCAACUUCCCAGGUGGCACCUUUAAAUUUAUCUAUAGCGACAUUUCUGGCAAGACACAUAUGCAAAUCGGCGCACAAAUGUAUCAAUCUUCACAUAGUUCACUUUUGACACCCUACAACAUGUUUGGUCUAGGUAGGACCAGCAACUAUAUCGAUCAAAUCUUUUACGGUGUCACACUCAACCAAAGCACUCACUACAACAACUGGGUUGGCACAAUCCCCAACAGCCAAGUUGUUGCCAUCCCCUAUCGUCCGUCGGAUCCAACCACAUGGACACUCGAACUCUUUAUAAACCCGAGUGGUAUCUUUUUCUGGGUGCUCUUGGCUUUCUUGGUCACUCUUAUCAUCUUGUCUGUUACUUCUUUCCUACUUUACAAACGUGAAAAGAAUCAAGAUGAAAAGGCAAAACAAGAACAAGCCCAUUUAUUCUCUUUUAAUGCUCUUUAA